CGCGCCCCUGCGACCGGCGGGUCAAGCCUGAUGUGGGCAAGUCCCGCGGCCAGCCACGGUGGGCGGGCGACCCCGGGGACCAGGAGCGCAGGGCUGUCCGUGCCAGCAGGGGAGGCAUCCAGGGCCGCCCCCCACCCGCGGGCUCAAGCCACGGACGUGGAGGGGGGGCCGAGGCGCGGCCCCCGAGCCCCCCGCGCCUGCCUGGGCGGGCCGACCUGGAGGCGGGCGGAGGAGGGGGCGGGGGCGGCCGUUCCGUUAGUCGGCGCAGACGGGGCGAGGGAGCGCAGGAGAGGUCCAGGCCGCCAUGGCCACGGGUGUUGCUCGGGGGCGGCAGGAGCUGUUUGGUCUCUUGUGUGGCGUCUGGCUGUGGGUGAGCGCAGCCGAGCCGAGCCCCACGGCACCCACAGGGCAAAACCGGGAGGGAACCCCCCUGCAGUUCCGGCUGGCGGGCUAUCCCCGCAAGCACAACGAGGGGCGCGUUGAGGUCUUCUACAACCAAGAGUGGGGCACCAUCUGCGACGACGACUUCACGCUGGCCAACGCCCAUGUCCUCUGCCGCCACCUGGGCUUUGUUGCUGCCACUGGUUGGACCCACAGUGCGAAAUACGGCAAAGGCACAGGGCGCAUCUGGCUGGACAACCUGAACUGUGGGGGCAGCGAGAAGAGCGUGGUGGACUGCCGCUCGCGGGGCUGGGGCAACAGCGACUGCUCUCACGAGGAAGAUGCCGGCGUCAUCUGCAAAGACGAGCGCAUUGCUGGCUUCGUGGACUCCAACGUGAUCGAGACAGAGCAGAGCCAGGUGGAGGAGCUGCGGCUGCGCCCAGUCGUGUCCCAUGCAAAGCGGCCGCUGCCAGUGACGGAGGGCAUCGUGGAAGUCCGCUACAAGAACAGCUGGGCCCAAAUUUGUGACGAGAACUGGAGCAGCCAGAACAGCCGGGUCGUGUGUGGCCUGCUGGGCUUCCCUGCUGAGAAAAAGGUUAACCGGAAUUUUUACAGGCUGUAUGCGCAGCGACACCCGCUGAACUACCGGCUGCACUCCGUGUCCUGCCUGGGGAACGAGGCCCACCUCUCCCUGUGCUCCUCCCAGUUCUACAGGGGCAACGCCACUGGCGCCUGCAAGGGCGGGAUGCCCGUGGUGGUGGGCUGUGUGCUGGGGCCCCUCUUUGCCACAGGCAAUGCCCAGAAGAGGCAGCGGCAGCAGCGGCAGGGGCAGAAGCGCAUCCGACUGAAGGGCGGGGCCAGGCCUGGCGAAGGGCGGGUGGAGGUGCUCAAGAACAACGAAUGGGGCACCGUCUGCGAUGACCGCUGGAACCUGAUGUCAGCCAGCGUCGCUUGCCGGGAGCUGGGCUUUGGCAGCGCCAAGGAGGCCCUGACGGGGGCACGCAUGGGCCAAGGGAUGGGCCCCGUCCACAUGAACGAGGUGCAGUGUGCCGGCUCUGAGAAGUCGCUGUGGAGCUGCCCACACAAGAACAUCACCCAGGAGGACUGCAAGCACUCGGAGGACGCCGGUGUCCGCUGCAACAUCCCCUACAUGGGCUACGAGACCACGAUCCGGAUGGUCGGUGGCCGCACGGUGUUUGAGGGUCGCCUGGAGGUGAAACACGCUGGUAGGUGGGGCACGGUUUGCAGCUCGGGCUGGAGCACCACAGAAGCCAUGGUGGCAUGUCGGCAGCUCGGCCUUGGCUAUGCCAUGCAUGCUGUGACGGAGACCUGGUACUGGGAUGCCAGCAACGUGACAGAGAUGGUGCUGAGCGGUGUGAAGUGUGCGGGCCACGAGAUGACGUUGAGCCACUGCCAGCGCCACGACACCCUCACCUGCCGCAAGACGGGCCCCCGCUUUGCUGCUGGGGUCAUCUGCUCUGAGACUGCCUCCGACUUGCUGCUCCAUGCUCCGUUGGUGCAAGAGACGGCAUACAUUGAGGAUCGCCCUCUACACAUGCUCUACUGUGCUGCAGAGGAGAACUGCCUGUCAAGCAGUGCCCGCAAAGCCAACUGGCCCUACGGGCACCGGCGCCUCCUGCGUUUCUCUUCCCAGAUUCACAACAAUGGCCGGGCAGACUUCCGUCCCAAGGCAGGGCGCCACUCUUGGGUGUGGCACGAGUGCCACGGGCACUACCACAGCAUGGACAUCUUUACCCACUAUGACCUCCUCACGCCCAACGGCACCAAGGUGGCCGAGGGACACAAGGCCAGCUUCUGCCUGGAAGACACGGAGUGCCAGGAAGAUGUGGGCAAGCGGUACGAGUGUGCCAAUUUUGGGGAGCAGGGCAUCACCGUGGGCUGCUGGGACCUCUACCGGCACGACAUUGACUGCCAGUGGAUCGACAUCACAGACGUCCGGCCCGGGAAUUACAUUCUGCAGGUGGUGAUCAACCCCCAGAACGAGGUGGCAGAGAGCGACUUCACCAACAACGCCAUGAAGUGCAGCUGCAAGUACGACGGCCACCGCAUCUGGGUGCACAGCUGCCACAUCGGUGAUGCACUCAGCGAGGAGGCCAGCAGGCGCUUGGAACAGUAUCCCGGACAGCUGAACAACCAAGUUGUGUAGGCCGCAGCAACCAGGCCACCGCCUGCUCCUGGGCCGCAGACAGCCUGCUCAUGCUCCAGCCGCGUCAGGCAGGGCUGGAGUGGCACAUUGGCCCAGCCACCUGCCCUCUCCUGAACCCACCAGCCAGCAGCUGAUCCAGCGUGGCCCUGGAGGAGCAUGGGGCCAAGCAGGCUGGCACGAGACUGCAGGAUGACCCAGGUCUGGACCACACACACCCACCCACACACACACCUGCCAAUGGGUGAGGCUGGGCCUGGGCAGCAAGGGGAGGCCGUCAGGGGAGGGGGCUCCCCUCCCAGGCACCGCCGUCCACUGGGCCUUUCCUUCAAACAAUGCUUGUCAGGGCUGUUUUCUAUAUAAAGUGUUAAAUUUUUUUGCCCCAA